GAGAGCUUUGUGAGCGGCGCCAUUUUGCUUCGCUGACAGGAUGCGGCGGGCUCGGCGCUUUCCCCUUCUCGCCCUCGUUGUGUUCGUCGUGGUGCCUUCUUGCGCCUUUAAGCUUAAUGCGCCCAAAGUGUUGCUGCCCUUCAGCCGGGAGAUCAGAGUGUCUUUCGUGCUGGAGGCCGAGUGGGGCUGUUACUCGUGGCGUUCCAUGCACGACAACGUUGUCAAAGCUGAGCCCUUUUAUGAGAAUGGUGCUGCAUGCGCCCAGAAAGCCCUGCUGUCUGCUCAGUCCACACAGCCCACCAGGCUGAGCAGUGCUGUGAUGGCUGAGGAGCACGUCACCGGCCACACGCUCCGCUGCGACGUGAUGGUUGAUGUGAUCAACAGCAUUGAAAUUCUGUCCCGAACUCGGGAGAUCUACGUGGAGGAUUCUCCCCUGGAGCUGGCAGUGAGAGCCCUGGAUGUCAAAGGCAACACGUUCAGUAGCUUGUCAGGAAUGGUUUUUGAGUGGAGCGUCGCAAAGGAUGAGGAUGUGGACAGCGUGGAAUCGUCAGACAAAAUAAGGAUUUUAAAGUACUCGGAAGCUGACUAUUCCCCACCAAACCACAUCGUUGAGCUGGAAAGAGCAGAAAAACAAGGAGACAGAAUCCUGGUGUCAGGAAUCACGACUGGAGCAGCGGUUAUAAGAGUGCGAAUACACGAAUCGACCUACAAGAAAGUGGCUGCUGCUGUGGUACGCCUGCUGGUUCUGGAGCACGUAGUGCUGAUCCCCGCUCACGAUGUUCACCUCCUGGUUGGAGCACUUGUGAAAUACAGAGUUGCAAAAGUUGUGCGGGGGAAGAUGACAGAGCUGGAAUUUCCUCUGGAGCAUUACGAGCUGCAGCUUCGGGAUCAGGUCGCUGCUCCUGGGGGCUCUGAGCUCCUGCCUGUGGCCAACCUGGACGGGAGGAGCGGCGCCGUGCGAGCCGUGCAGCUGGGGCAGAGCGGCCUGGUCGUGGUCCAUCGCAACAUUCACAUGCGAGCUGCAUCUGGGCUGCCUAACUGCACCAUCCACGUGGUAGAAGCUGAGUUUUUAGGUUUCAGCAUCUCUCCAGGAGACAGAUGGGUGCUGGAGGUGCAGCGGCGCUACGCCAUCACCGUUGAGGUUUAUGACAGGGACAGCACCAAGGUUUAUUUGUCUGAGAACCUCAGGAUGACUCUCCGCUUGUCUGAGGAGCAUUUUGAGGAGCUGACGGCGUCUCCUAACGGCUCUCACCACGUGGUUCGAGUCCGAAAAGGUGGCACCACAGCGAUAAGGGCUGAGCUGCUUUCUGUCCUUCAGCAGGAUGGCUCUGCUGCUCCCUUCCCCGCAGCGAUCAGCCGUGAGCAGGAGGUGAAGCUGUUCCCCCCCAUCCGGCUCUCCUCUCCUCUGCUCGCGUUCCCAUGGCACCCCGCAGGAGUGCUGCAUCAGCACCAGCUCCAGGUGGAGGGAGGCAGUGGCAACUUCUCCUGGGUUUCUUCCAAUCAAACUGUGGCCACGGUCACCGUGCAGGGAGUGGUGAGCGGAGGCCUGGCGCAGGGGCACUGCACGCUUCAGGCCAGGGACGCACAGAACCCCUUUCAUUACGCAGCAAUACAGGUGUUUGUGGAACCUCUGGCAAAGCUGGAACUGGUGCCGCUGCAUGCGGACGUGGAGGUGGGGCACGCGCUGCUGGCUCCUCUCCAGGCUUACUUCACACGCAGGGAAACGGGGGAGUACAUUGCUUUCACCGACUGCUCCCUCUUGCCUUUGGAGAUAAGCAUGGAGAAGAGAGGAGUGUUUGUCCUUGCAGAAGGAGGUCGUCAGAAGCCCUACCGGACGUUCUGCUCCAGCGUCCAAAUAGAAGCCAGGUCUGUGGGACACACAGUGCUGACAGUGAGCGUUCGUGUCCACCAGCAGUCCUUGCAAACAAGUGCAACGUUUGCUGCUUAUGAGCCUCUCAAGGCCGUCAACCCUGCGGAGGUGGCUCUGGUGACCUGGAAGGCAACCAAGGAGAUUGUUUUCGAGGGUGGCCCAGGGCCCUGGGUUCUGGAACCGUCCCGUUUCUUUUCGGAACUGACUGUAGAACACAGAAGUAAAAUUGAGGUGGUGCAAAUCCGCCUGCCAACCCAAAGGAAAGUGAAGCAGUACGUGUACCGUGCGGCGUGCCUGGAGCUGGGGCAGCAGGUGCUCACGUUCCGUGCAGGGAACCGGGCUGGGCUGCUGAACCCCGCACCUGCUGUGGAGUCAGCCGUGGUGACGUUCAUCUGUGCUGCUCCUGUCAGCAUGGCUGUGAGCCCGUCCUAUGGAGCUGCUCCACCUUGUCUGCUGCCACAGCACAGCAAGCAGCUGGUCCCCAUUUCCAGCCGCAGGAGCACAGAGCUGGAGCUGGUGGUCUUGGAUGGGCAGCAGCGCAAGUUUGACAACUUCAGCUCGCUGGUGCUGCACUGGAAGUCGUCCAACAGGAGCCUGGCUCACUUCUCUGACGCCAGAGCCACCAGGAUGGUGGUGAAGGACGACGGCAGCGGGCAGAGCAGGCUGCACGGACAUCAGCUUCUAGAAGUGCAUCAGAUGAAAGGAACUGUUCGUGUUGAAGUCGGCUUCGUGAAGUACAGCAGCAGUGGUGGCCCACGGGCACCGUCUGCCUUAUUUACCUCCGUGGAGUUCCUGCUGGUUGAGGACGUGACGGUUCUGCCUGCUAAUGUCACCGUCUUGAACCACCCUGCUGUCAAGGAGCUGUUCAGUCUUGUGGAAGGUUCUGGAUACUUCCUGGUCAACAGCAGCAAGGAGGGAAUAGUGAACGUGAGAUACUUGGAGGCAGACGGCGCCAUCGAGGUCACCCCUUUGCAGCCUGGAUUUUUAAGCCUGCAAAUCCACGAUUCCUGUUUGGCCUCCUCGCCUCCCGUCGCGGCCCACGUGCGCGUGUCUGAUGUGCUGGAGGUGGAGGUGGAUCUCACUGAAAAGGCUGAGGUUGGCAGCCCCGUUACGGCCACUGUUCGAGUGCUGGGUUUUCAGCGACUUCCCCUGCAGAGUAAAUACUUCAAGUACAUGAAGCUGCAGCUGCAAGCAGCGGCGCCUGUUGUGACCCUUGGGCAAGUGGAGGAAGCGGGAGAAUAUUCCCAGCUGCACGUACUUCAUGCUGUCGCCGUGGGCCACACGACUUUGGUAGCUACAGCCUGGGACGGGAUGGGCAGAAAAAUCACUUCUGCUCCUCGGAAACUUGAGGUCUUUCCUCCGUUUAAACUCAUCCCAAGGAAGAUUACCCUUAUUCCACACAAUAUGAUGCAGGUGAUGUCUGAAGGUGGUCCCCAGCCACGAUCCAGCGUCCACUUCUCUGUCUCCAACCGCUCCGUGGCUGAGGUCAGCUGCCUUGGACAUAUAACAGCAAAGGCAGUGGGAAGAGCCAGCAUCCAGGGCAGCGUCCAGGUGGUCAGCGAAGACACGGGAAGAGUGACCGUGUUCUCACAGGAUCGAGUGGAGCUGGAAGUGAUCCGGUUAAACGCUGUACGAAUUCACGUCCCCUCCGCGAGGCUGAUCGCAGGCACUGAGAUGCCAGUCUUCGUGGUGGGGCUGAACAACAUGCUGACUCCCUUUUCCUUCAGCAACGCCAACCCAGAGCUGAGUUUCCAGUGGUCAGUGAGCAAAAGAGACGUCCUGGAGCUGCUUCCUCGGCACAGGGAGGUCUCCAUUGAGCUCCCAGCGCAGAACAACGUCGCUAUGGUCGUGCGCACGAGGGCGGCAGGUAGAACAGGCAUCAGGGUGAAGGUGCAGUGCCUGAACGCCUCUGCUGGGCAGUUUGAAGGCAACGUGGCUGAGCUGUCAGACGAAGUGCAGGUCCUGGUGUUUGAAAAGCUGUCUGUAUUCCCUCCCUUGUUUUCCACUGAGCAAAUUUUAAUGUCCACGAAUUCGCAACUCGAGCUGUACACAAACAGGGAAGGGGCUGCGUCUGUCAGCUUCCAGAUCCUGCAGUGUUACCCCAACUCCUCGGUCCUCGAGGAACGCGAGCAAGGGCUGCUGAGGGCCGGGCCCAUCCCAGGCAUUGCUGCGCUGGAGGUGACUUCCCUGGAGCUCUUUGGAGUCAAUCAGACCAUCGUAACCAGCAUCCAGGUCGCCCCCAUUUCCUACAUCAAGAUAAACGUUGGGCCCCAAAUGCGUAGCGGCAGCGGCGUUCCCUUGGCCGCCUUCCCCCUGGGAAUGUCUUUGCUCAUUGCAGUGGAGUUCUACAACAGCAUCGGGGAGAAGUUUCACGCCCAGCACGCCCAGCUGCAGCUGGCUGUGAACAGAGACGACUUGCUGCUCAUUAGACCCGCAAAUAAGAAUCACAGCUACGUCGCCCAGGCCGUGAGCAGAGGAGUGACGCUCCUGACUGUGCAGGACAGGAGGCAGCCGGGGCUGGUGGACUGCAUCCCUGUGCCCGUGGAAUGCGCCAUCGAGCCGGAGCUGCCCGGGACCCUGGCGGUCGGAGAUGUUGUCUGUUUCAGCUCCCCCCUGGUCAGCCAGGAAGGUGACCCGGGGACGUGGCACGUUUCCCCCCCCUCCGUGCUCAUCAUAGACAGCACGAGUGGAGCAGCGUUAGCGAGGAGCUCUGGAACUGCUCUUGUCUUCCUUGAUAUCCCAGGGAUUGUGAAGACGCACAGAGAGGUGGCAGUCGAUGCCUCGUCUCGCUUACAUCUCCAGGCUGCUCAGAACAGCUUUUUAACCAACGCUCCCAAUUCCUCUGCCUUCCGCCUUCUCAUUGCCACGGGCAGCGGGAGAGAAACCCUCCAAGGCUCCUGCAGCUCCGCUCAGGUCGAUGCCAUCAGGCAGCGUUUGGUCCCUCAGUCCCACCUGCGGUGCCAGCUGAAGUUCAGCAGCGCCGUGGAGGGCGUUGCAGCGGGGGACGUCUUCCACGUGAGCGCCGAGUUCAGCACCCAGGAAGGUCUCUAUGUCUGCGUCAUCACCGCUAAACCGCAGCCCAGCGAAGCCCUGCGGGCGCUCAGCACAACCGACGCCUCUGUGCACGUCCUGGUUUCUCUCAGCAGCGACACACAGAGCAUCCUGGUUCCUUUCCUCCCUGCCUUCUCCCUCGGUCACUCAGAAUUAGCGUUCAGCAGCACGCAGCCGAGCGCCGUGCUGAGCGUGCUGGGAGCCGAGCAGGUCCUGCAACAACUGGAGGUUCAGUCCAGCUCUCCAGCCGUAGCGGUGGCGCCUCCCGAGUUCUUUUCCAACAGGCCCGGGCUCGUGCAUUACGCCGUGCGUGUGCUCGACUUCAGCUCCCUCCGCCAGGGGCCGGCGGUCUCCAUCAGCGUCUCUUGUCCCCUCACCGGCCAAAGGGACGUGGUCACAGCCAGAGCCGUCGCGGCGGAGCAGCCCCCGGGGCAGCGCGGCGCGGUGGGAAUUCAGCUGCAGCUCGCGAGCUUCUUCCACAUCCUCCUCUUCACUCUCUUUGCCGUCCUGGGAUCCACAGCUGUUACUUACCUCGCGUACAACGCCUUCCUGGCCAGGCUGCAGGCUGUGCCCCUCGUUUAUGUGCCCAACAUGGCUGUGCCUCGGGCAGGCGUUUUCCACCCCCUCGGCCCCACGCAGAGAGGCAGCAGGAGGCAGCUGGGGCUGUGGAGCGUGCAGAACUGAAUCCGAGCGCCCUCGUAACGCGUGGAGCUGCUGUGUUGUGAGCGGGGGGGAGGGCAGCACCCAGCUCCCCCCCCAUCUGUUGGGCUGAAG